AUGGAUCCGCCAUCCAUCGCAGUACGACUGCGCAAGCUGGAUAAUAAAUGUAAGCGUGGUUGGUGGAUGAUCUCAAACGGAAAACUAAUGGAUCAGGUUCGUUCGGCCUUUCAUGGACGUGGAAUACGUGAACGGGUACUGCAUCGUCUGCUGGUCAAGGAUAACUUUACGUUCAACGCAAGUCCACACCUUGAUCGACCGCUGACAGUGGGUGAAAUUAACAGAGCGAUGAUUGCACGGCUAAACAGACUGAUUGGACUAUUUGAGCAGAAAGUUGUUGCCGCCAAUCUCCACGAUCAAAAUUUCAAACCUGCUGCUGGUGAUGGACGCGAAGAUGAUACGGAUAGCGUUGAUAGCGAGGACACAUGGAAUAUGGACGAUGACUAUGAGCAUCAUAUGACUGAUGAGACUGAAAAUAGGCAGCUGCACCUCACUGAAUACCACGAAUUUAAAGCUCUGAAACUGCGAUUGCUGGAGGUCGAAAAAAAUAUCGAACGUCGCUAUAUGAAGCAUCCUUACUAUGCUGGUUCCACGAUCCCAGUCGAGAAAAUUUUACGAGCGCUACAGCGAAUCGACCCAAUUCGUGCGACUAUCGAAACAAAUAGCAUCAUCGAUGGUAGCGAAACUCACGUGGAAACCGAAAGCGAGAGCUCCACCAAUUCAAGCUGUCAGUAUAAAAGUGCUUCGAUUACGGUUGACGAAAGUGGUAACACAGAGAGACUGCAGCGUUGGCGUGAUUACGUUCAAAAUGCGGCUACUGGUGGGCAGAUAAUGUUUGCAUUGCAAGCACUGGAAUCGGCAGUCGCAUGGGACAAGUCAAUUAUGCGAGCGAGAUGUCAGAUAUGUCGAACGAGCGAAAACGAUCCGUAUCUUUUGAUCUGUGACGGAUGUGAUUUGGCUUAUCAUACGUACUGCUUCCGUGUAAGUAUGAAAAAUUAUUUCAGGGAUAAUGAUUGA